UCUUCCAUUCAUCUCUCCUUCAAAUCUCCCCAUCUCUCUCCCCUCGCCAACAUUUUUUCCCCACGCAACUACCAAAGAACAGAGAAGGGAAGGAAAAUCCCACCCCCAACGAAAGAUAGGAAGAAGGGAGGAGGAGAUGACCGCUUCCGCCAUUUCAUGGCUCACCAGAAUCCUCUCUUCCUGUUCUUUCUCGUCUUCCUUCUGUCUUUGACCUUCUUCUGCUUCCCGUCUUCCGCCUCACUCUCCACCGUCGCCGUCUCUCAGACCUCCAACGACACAAUCGCCUGCGCCUUGAUUCCCGGCGACGUCAACGCCAUCAGCUGCUACAACUACCGCCAGAACCAAAGCUUCCACCUCCUCCCCAGCGUCGGUUUCCGCGCCGUCGCCGGCGGCGGCGGUUUCGUCUGCGCGCUCCGUAUCUCCAAUUCGGCCUUGAUCUGCUGGGACCUGCGUAGUAGCCCUGCCAGGCCCAGGCGUGUCGCCCGCGGUCAGUUGGGGAUUGCCGCUUUGCAAGUGGGCUGGAGGGGUCAAGUUUGCGCUCUCGAUUCUGCUGAAAACCUCAGCUGCUGGCGGUGGAGCGGGGUCAAUUUCACAUCUCCACCGCCGCGGCUGUCCAGCAUCGCCGUCGGGGACCAGUUCUUGUGCGGCCGGAGAAACGGUUCCAAUGCGGUCGAGUGCUACGUCACAGGACUUGGAGGUGGCUGGCGCUCACGCGAUCCUCCGAUGCUGCUCGUGGCCGCCGGAAUGCGGCAUGCCUGCGGACUGGUGGCGAGUACAGGCAAGGUAGAGUGCUGGAGCCCGGUGAGCUCAGGAACUGUAUAUAGCGUGCCAGACCACACGGCUUACGAGUUCAACCAGCUCGCGCUCGGCGAUAACUGGAGCUGCGCGCUCCGGGCAAGCAACAGAACUGUGGCCUGCUGGAGGGCCGACGGUUCCCGGCUGCUAACUCCUCUGGAUCAGGUCGAGCUGCUUCAUCUAUCAGCAGAGGGCAGCGUGCUUUGCGGGGUCGUGUCCGGGAAUUACUCGUUGAUCUGCUGGAAUGCUACGGAAGGGCGGCCCGGGCCUCAGACUUCUCUGGCAUUAAGUUACGUCCUCCCCGGGCCAUGCGUCUCCACGUGCCAGAGCCAGGUCCUGCCUGGUUCGGGCAACCUCUGUCCCGCCGGUUGGGUCAUCUGCGCUCCAAAUGAUUUCCUACCAAAUAUCUCGACUUCGCCUCCACCGAGUAUCCAGAGCCCACCUCCACCGAGUCCUCCUGCCCAUCGUAUAUCUCGCCGGAAUUUAGCGUUUGUAAUAGUCGGGAGCGUCGGCACUGCCAUUGGCGUGGCCUCUCUGGCGUGCUUCCUGGUUACGCGUUUCUGUGGGGGAAUGACUUGCCGGGUCCAUGAUUCCGGGCCAAUUGAGCAGAUGCCGCCGGCGCCCGGGUCCCAGCCCAGCCAGGCGUCGCCACCAAAGUCCAGGCCUCCUCAGCUGGGCAGGCUGGUGAGCCUGGGAGUUGGGGCGAAGCUGGAGGAGUUCCCCCUGGAGAUGCUGGUCAAGGUCACCAACAACUUCUGCGCCAGCAGCCGGACGGGAACCGGCAGCUUCGGUUCAGUCUACGAGGCCUACCUCCCGGACGGGCGGCACGUUGCCAUCAAGCGCGCGGAGGCGCCGUCGCCGUCGUCGGUCUACGUCAGGCACUACCACCAGGACAACGAACACGCGUUCGAAGCCGAGCUCGCCUUCCUGUCACGGCUCAACCACAAGAACCUGGUCCAGCUGAUCGGCUUCUGCGAGGAGGAGACGGCGGAGCUCGAGCGGGUGCUCGUCUACGAGUUCAUGACCAAUGGGUCCCUGCACGACCACCUGCACAAGAGGGACGACUCCCGGCUGCACGACUGGGUCUUCCGGAUAAGGGUUGCGCUGGACGCGGCCAGGGGCAUCGAGUACCUCCACACCUACGCCGUCCCGCCGAUCAUCCACCGGGACAUCAAGUCGGCCAACAUACUGCUGGACGCGACCUGGACGGCGAAGGUCGCGGACUUCGGGCUGUCGCUGAUGGGGCCUGCCGACGAGUCCGGCCACCUCUCGCUCCGGGCGGCCGGCACGGUGGGUUACAUGGACCCGGAGUACUACCGGCUCCAGCAAUUGACCACGAAGAGCGACGUCUAUAGCUUCGGCGUGGUGCUUCUCGAGCUGCUCACCGGGUACAAGGCGAUACACAAGGUGCCAGACGGGUCGUCGCCGAGGAAUGUGGUGGACUUCGCGGUGCCGUUCAUCGUGUCGGAUGAGAUCCACCAGGUGCUGGACCGGAGGCUGUCGCCGCCGACGCCUUACGAGAUCGAGGCCGUGACGUACGUGGGCUACUUGGCGGCCGACUGCGUGAGCCUGGAGGGAAAGGACCGGCCGUCGAUGACGGAGGUGGUGAGCAGCCUGGAACGGGCGCUGGCCGCGUGCAUGCGGACUCCCUCCGGGUCUAGAAGCCAGAGCUUUGACUGAGCCAAGCAAAGACACGGACAGAGCCGCGGAGCGCUGCUUCCUUUUUUGUAUAUUAAAUCCUUUUGGCUUCUUUCUUUUCUCGUCUCCUUGGGUAUUGAUUCAUUAUUGCUCGUGUAAAAGGGUGAAGCAAACGAGAGCUGCACAUACGAGUUCAUUUUUUC